AAGACAUCCUCUCACUUCUCUCUUCUCGCCUGCAGACAUGUCGCAGCAGCAGCAGCCGCAGCCGCAGCCGGAGAGGCCCGCCAAGAGCGGCAUCAGCGGCGCGCGCUCCGCCUUCCUCGCCAAGCUGCCGCUCAUCCUGCGGGUGGCCGAGCUGUGCCUCACCAUCAUCGUGCUGGGGCUCGUCAUCGACCCCAUCAACGCCCGGCUGCAGCACAACGUCAACCACUCGGCCCUGACGUACGUCACCUACGCCGGCUACAUCCUCAUCAACUGCGUGCUCAUCAUCAGCGAGGUGACGGGCGAGCCGCUGCCCAAGACCGCCUGCCUGCUGUUCGCCUUCAUUGGCGGCGUGCUGUUCGUGGCCACGGGGUCGCUCCUCAUCCACGACUGGCGCACCCUCAACUACUCCAUGCACUACCACCCUCCCAAGAUGUACAUGGACAUGAUGAUCAGCUCGGGCAUCAUCGGCAUCUUCACGGCCUGCCUCUUCUUCGCGGACGUCGUCAUCACCGUCCGAUACGCGUAGAUAUCCCGCCAAGAGCAGUGGGCCCGGGCGCCAGGGCUGGCGGAGGAGCGCGCGGCCCUGCGCGGGGCGGCGGAGGCGGCCGCGGACGACCGAGCGGCCAAGCGGAGCUCCACCAACCAGACGGACCUGGCGGACUUCGCCGUGUGAGGCCUCCAGGGCCACUCCAGGGCAAAGCUAGGCAGGCCUGGUACACCUCGUCCCAACAUUACCCGCCUGGGCCACACACUUCAGAUCUCAUGCAAGUCCGUCCAUUAAGGUUGUCUUCGGCUGGGUGGGUGUGUCAUGUGUCAUGUAGGGCGAAGGGAGGAAGAUAACGGCAAAGGUUUGGAAGUUGGCAGCAGCCGAAGACAGCGGCAUUUUGGCGGAAGACAGUGAAACCCUCCAAUUAAUUUAUUGUGUUCAUAGAGCGACGGGAAAAACACUGUAGUGCACAUUGCAAUACGAUACAAAUGUAAAACUUGUACUUCCUAUCGGCCAUAAUGAUUUUGAUUACACGGAAUGUUGCUUGCGUUUCGGAGCUCGACACCAAAAUAUGUUAAACCAAAUUACGAGAGUAACUGUCUUCUUUUCUUUCAUAAGAUUAAAUAUUAUAUAAAUAUAUAUUUUUAUUCAAAGUUAUUCCUUAGUUAAGAUUUAUUACCGUAGCAAUAGGAGAGUUUCUUGAAUAGGAGAGUUUCUUUUAUAUUUAUGUACAGAGGCAAACAAUAAUUUUCUAGUCGACUAGCCCCAGAUAAAAUAUCACGAUUGAUUUAUUGCUCAGCAAAACGAACUUCUACAAUCUUUCGAAUUGUUUCUCCGCACUCACAACAGUUGUUCCAAUUUCAAUACACAGUUAAUGUAUCACCACUGCCUCAGACAUCGUUUUUUAUACCUUGUUUUUCUAAAUAAUAAAGAUAUGUAACUAAAACGUU